AUGAAAAGCGAUUGCAGUCUAUCACAAAAGCAGCCUAAUAGGAUCCCAAACGUUUUUUCAGGGAUGUUUUCUCUCUUACAUGAGAGAGAAGAGUUUGUCCAAGGCACCGAAUGCUUUAAGCUACCGAAUAUUUUUCAAGAGACUCAUGCAGACUUGCUUGCAAAUAUUCCAUCUCUUCCAAGCAUUGUUUUACCAGAUAAUCAAAGGCCAACAAAAAUCAAUACCGCUUGCCCUCAUAAAAACCGAAAACAUUAUGCGAAGAAUAUGUGCAAUAACUGCUACCAUAGACUUGGGAGAGUAAAAGCAGCUUGGGCGUGCCCUCAUAUAGAUAGAAAACAUUACGCCAAAGGGAUUAGGAUUAGGAUUAUUAAAGUCAGGCGUUAGCCAUAUUGGUGACGCAGUCACCAAAGACCUUCCGUACGGGAGGUUCAUCCGCUUUUCGACUCCAGCCCAGAGGGUCUAUCCCUCUUGCGAGUGCCCUUCCGGUACCUUCUGUCUCCUCCUUGCCUUAAGGCUUCAGUCUUGAGUGGGCGGCUUAUGGAUUUCUGCGGCCCUGCUACGGGCGAUUGGAGUAACUUGGUUCCAGGGAUCAACUCCUUGGAGUCUAUCGGGUGUCGAAGUGCCUUUCUUCGACAGCUACAGGAAAAAGACUGUUCCCCUGUGGCCUGGGCCGAAAACCCAGUUUCUCGGUAGAGGAAUGCCCAUGGGUCCUCGGAUCCAAAGGACGCUGUCGAGCACCUCCAUUUCCAACCACAGGAAAGCAGCCAAAACCUACCCGGAUACACACCUCUAGAGCCUACACUAGAUUCUCAGCUCGGAGUCCGUCCCAGUUCGCCGUAGCCAUAAGGUCUGGACUACUGCGCCAAGAGAGCAGGCUGACACGUGUCGCCAUUUUAAUGUAUAUCAUUACGCCAAAGGGAAGUGUCAAUUUUGUUACAUACAGAAUUAUCACCGUGAUAGAGUUUUGAGAGAAGAGAACCAAUUUAAGCUUGAGGAUUUUAAAUAUGAGUAA